CUUCAUAAUCCAACAAUCCAUCACAAUCUUUGAUAGAUUCAUAUACAUCGCCAAAAUGCAGUUCACGUCACUCGCUCAAGUUACUUUCCUUCUCGCCCUUCUGUCCCCGGCCAUGGCUGCGGGCAACGGCACCUCCCCAUCGGGCGGCGCUGGUGGCAACGGCACCGCUCCGACUCCCACUCCUCCCAACCCGACUAAGCCUCCCACGUCAACCGGUGCCGCCGCCCUCCCCCUCAUCGACUUCGCCGUCGUUGCUGCCGCUGUCGUUGCUGUCUUGUGAGCGACCUGAACGCAUUCGGAACGGAAAUUCGAUCGUGGAAAUAACCUGGGCUUCCUCAACCAAUACCACAGCCCAGGUGGAACGGACCGACCUCCAGAGGACCGACAUUCAGUGGAGGAAGCGAAAGUUAUAAUGCCAAAUACAUACCUUUUGCAGCGACCCGGAAAGGAUGGGACGACCGAUUUGGUCGUCAAGGAAUGGAAGGGAUUAAUAAUUCUAUCACUCUGUAUCUAAUCAGUUGCAUGCUCUUGCGAACAUCUCUCGAUACCUAAAGCGUGCCCUCUUUACAACCUAUUCUCUUGACCUUUUGCAUAUGUGAAACCAGUCGUGUUUGCCAUUU